AUGGGGGUGAGUAUUGCUUUGGUUUCCGGUCUUCUAAGUUGUUCGCUGGUGACCGUCCUCCUGCUGAAAUGGCGGAGGAGGCGCCGGGUGCAGAACAAGAUCGAAAAAGCGAGGAGCCGGCGGGAGCGCGCGUUGGAGCAAAUGGAAAGAAGGGCUCGACGCUUCAAAGAGCAGAAUCCCGAUCACCAACCAGCACCUAUUUUAUCACUGUCUUUGCCUGAACUCCGUCAGAAGCUUGAGGAUGGUUCACUCACACCUGAGAGAGUUUUCUACACCUAUGUGGACAAGGCCGUGAAAGUGACUGCAGAUGUCAACUGCAUAACGGAUUACAUAGCAGAGAACGAAUCCCGGCUCCUGUGUGGAAACAAUGAAGUGGGGAAGGGCUUGCUCUACGGAAUUCCUGUCAGCAUAAAGGAUUCCAUUAACUGCAAGGGCUGUGACUCCACUUUGGGCUUCACAAAGCGUCUCUUCCAGCCAGCAGAAGAAGAUGCUGUUGUAGUCCAGGUGUUGAAACAUCAAGGAGCAAUUCCAUUUGUAAAAACAAAUGUUCCCCAAUCUUUGUUGAGCUAUGCCUGCAGUAACCCGAUCUUUGGACAAACAGUGCAUCCUAUGGAUCACACUAAAAGCCCUGGUGGUUCAUCAGGAGGAGAAGGAGCUCUUAUUAAAAGUGGAGGAUCCAUUCUGGGCAUUGGCACAGAUGUUGGAGGCAGCAUUCGUAUCCCAAGUGGCUUUUGUGGAAUUUGUGGUUUGAAAACCACUAGCAACAGAAUUAGCAAAAAAGGAAUUGUUCCGAGUAUCCCUGGUCAGAGAUCAGUUUUUGCUGGCAUGGGACCAAUGUCACGGGAUGUUGACAGCCUUGCCCUUUGCCUAAGAGCUCUCUUGUGCAAAAAAAUGUUCCAGUUGGAUCCCACAGUGCCACCUCUUCCUUUUGAUGAGCAGGUGUAUACCAGCUCUGCUCCCCUCAGAAUAGGUUAUUAUGUCACUAAUUCCUAUAGCAUGCCAAGCCCUUCCAUGAGACGGGCUGUGCUGGAAACUAAGGAGCUUCUGGAAAUAAAUGGCCAUGUGUUGGUCCCCUUUGAGGCAUGUGACAUGAGCUAUUUUAUGAGCAACUUAAAUACUGCAAGUUUUUUUGUUGAUGGUGGUGCCACUUUCUUACAGUCUUUCGAAGGUGAGCCUGAAGAUCCAAACCUAAAGGCUGUCCUGCUGCUGCUAAGAUUGCCUUAUUGGAUACGAAGAGUCCUAUCCUGGAUCAUCAGACCAAUAAAUAUUCGUAUGUCAAGAAAUUUGAGGAAUGUGCGUAAAAGGUCUAUAAAAGAGCUUUGGAAAUACCACUUGGAAGUUGAGGAAUGGUGCAGAGAAUUCACUGCAGAAUGGAAAAGACUGGAACUGGAUGUGCUGCUUUGUCCUGCAAUAGGUCCUGCUUUUAAAAUGGGGCUUUCGGGAAUACUACCAGAGUUAAUUAGUUAUACCAUCUUAUAUAACUAUUUGGACUUCCCUGCCGGGGUGGUACCAGUUACAACUGUGACGAAGGAAGAUGAGGAGGAGCUAAAGAGUUUCAAAGGACACUAUAAUGAUUCUGGGGACAAAUUAUUUGCAAAGGCAGUGAAAGAAUCUGUGGGACUCCCUGUGGCUGUCCAGUGUGUGGCUUUGCCGUGGCAAGAAGAGCUCUGUCUCCGGUUCAUGAAAGAAGUGGAGAUGCUAACCAAGGAAAAAUCAAGGAAACAUUGAAUGUGAUAUCACCGGAAGCAGAAUGAAGUUCCACCAUAAUAACCAUGGACUUUGGGGACUGACUUAGAUUAAAAAAACUGAGACGGGGGUCACUAUUGAUGAAUUUGUUGAGAAAAUAUAGGGGAAGAAGAAUAUAGGGGUUGAGCUUCACUCCUGUAAAUAAUUUCCAUUGGAAGAUUCAGUGCCGUUCCAGCUGUCAUGUUUGCCGUUGCA